GAAAUCAUUCUGUCCCCAAAGCAGCGUUUACUUAUUUAGAGUGAGCUGGCAGACGCUGUUCAAGAACUUGCUGCUUCCCGUCUUUUAUUCGAUUUAACCACAGGUCUUUUUUUAAUUUGAGUUGUCCGUCUGCCCGGUUACUAGGGAUUGCAUGUCUUUGCAGCUGUUCGCCGCAUGUGUAGUACGGCCGAGUAGCUUCUCUUUCACCUUCUGAUUCCGAAGCACACGGUCCGGGGAAAUGACCGAGUCCAUGCUCGUCCCUGUCAUCGAUGUGCAGGAUGACAACUUCACCGAGCUGUGGCCGGCCUUAAUCCUGGCCUUGAAUACAUCCUCUUUCAUUGCCCUGGACACGGAACUGAGCGGGCUGGGAAACAGGAAAGCGCUGCUGGCAGAGUGCAUCGAAGAUCGGUACAAGGCUGUGUGCCAUGCAGCUCGAACCCGAUCCAUCCUCUCGCUGGGACUGGCUUGUUACAAAAAGCAGGAGAAUAAAGCCGAUGAUACCUAUCUGGUGCAGGUAUAUAACCUGACCCUUCUCUGCAUGGAUGAGUAUACCAUAGAGCCCCAGUCAGUGCACUUCCUGGUGCAGCAUGGGUUCGACUUCAACAAACAGUACGCCCAUGGCAUCCCUUACUAUAAGGGCAACGACAAGGGAGGCGAGGUCCACAGACAGAGCAUACGCACCCUCUUCCUGGAGCUUCUGCGGGCCCAGAAGCCAUUGGUGUUGCACAAUGGGCUGCUGGACAUGGUCUUCCUGUACCAGUGCUUCUAUGCUCACCUCCCCGAGCGCCUAGGCACCUUCACGGCCGACAUCUCGCAGAUGUUUCCUGCCGGCGUCUUCGACACAAAGUACCUGACUGAAUAUGAGCUGCGCUUUGCUGCCUCCUACCUGGAAUACGCCUUCAAGAAGUGCAAACUGGAAAACAGCAGGUGUUUGCAGGCUGGCAAAGAUGGUACCCACCUUUCCCUGGAGUUCUGCAGCUACUCGGGGGCCCAGUGCAACUAUGUGGACUACAGACCGUGCUGCGAGGAGCCUGUGAGUGCAGAGGCGCAGAGUGUCUGCCCUCGCUUCUCGGCCUACGGGUGGUGCCCCAGCGGCACAGCGUGCAGCAUGUCGCACAACACGGACCUCAUCAUCCAGCAGGACGAAAAGAAGAAAAGGAAACGCAAAAGGAAGGCGGGGCGAGGGGCGAGUCCCCACAGCAAGCAGCCAUGUGAUGGGGAUGGGGGUGUCACGCCAGAGGGGCCCGGGGCUACAGAGGGGCCUCCUGGGGGGAACGGGGCCCCGGUCGUGCAGGCCACUCCCCCCACACAGAAGAUGGAGGAUAGCGGGAAGAAGGUGGAGGAGGGCACCCACCGUGCCGGGUUCGACGCUUUCAUGACAGGCUACAUAUUCGCCUACGCGGGCACCCUUGGGGGCACCAGUGGGCCCGAGCUGGGGGGCACCAGCCUCAAUAAACUGUACCUGAGUGGCAAGUCGGUGCCACUGCACAUCGUCAAAAGCUCGUUCUGCAAAUCGUCCAAGGCUCACAGCCACAAGAUGGAGUUGGUGUGGGGAGUGGGAGGCCACAGCUGACCCCCCCCCCCCCCCCAAUGAGAAUGUAACGAGUUUUUUUUGUAUACUGUUCCCAAAAUGAUGUACAAUAAAAAUAUUUUUCUGUGGUUUA